AUGAAUAGGAAUCAAAGGACACGAGUGAUCCCACCGGAUUUGGACACACUUUUGACGAGAGCCGUGACUCGAGUGAUUGGGCAAGAAAGAGGGUUUGCACAGGCAAUGAAUGUCGAUAAACCGAACCAAAAGCUGCUGCCCGUCGAACAAUCGUUAAAAAUGAAACUAUUAGCCGAACAGAUUGUGCGAAAAGUUGAGAGGAAAUACGAGGAUCGAAUGAGAGAAUCCAGAGACGCGACAAGGAGUGAAGUGGAUCGACGAUUGGGCGAAAUGCGAGAUGAAUAUGAGGCCGAACGAUCGGUGAUUCGAGCAGAUUUGGAGAAAGAAAGGAGAAGAAAUGAGGAGAAAAUGAGAGAACGCGAGAGGAAUGUUCGACACCAAAUCGAGUACAAAAUAAGGGAACGCGAAUCAAAGCUUGAAGCAGAUCGUCUAACCCUCGAGAAUCGUCUUUCCGAGUUUCUCAACGCAAAAGAGCAAUUCGAGUUUGUGCAAAAUGAAUGGAGAGCGAAAAAAGAUGAAGAAAUUGAAGGGAUACAAUUGGAAAGGGAAAGGAUACAAAGAAAAGAAGCGAGUUUGAAUCAAACAGAGGAACGAGCAAGACGUGUGGCAAAAGCUUUUGCUGAAGCUGAAAAGAUUGAAAGUUUUGAACGGAUUCGAACUCUCGAGAUGAGAAUUACUGAUACUACAAAAAAACUCGCCGACGCGGGAUCGCAAAAUUUCGAACUUCGUCAGAAACUCGAUGAAAUGCUGGGGAUUGAGAACGAUUUAUCCAGCACAAAAGAACAGCUAAAGCGAUGUGUUAAUGAGAAUCGAGAACUUGAGGAAAAAUUGCGAUCAAAAGCCGAUUAUCAAGGAUUGAAAGAUGAGAAUCAGCGAUUGAAGCAACAGAUCGUUGACACGAUUCGUCAAUCGGGCGACAACUCGGCCAGUGUUGCGCGACUUGAGUUGAUGCAAAGGGAACACCGAGCAGCUGAAGAAGCGGCACAGUUGAAGAUUCGAGAGUUGCGGUUGGCGUUGACGAUGAUGAACGAUCGAGUGAAAACGGUGACUCAAGAGCGAAAUUAUCUUCGAAGUCAAUUGAAAGAAAUGAGAAGAAAAGAUGUGCAAAAUAUGAGAGAGGAAAGACGAGGAAGAAGCCUGUCAAAAACGAGAAGAAACAGAAUGAAAAGUUCUUCGGAAAGCACGUCAUCAUCGACGAUUGGUUUUUCUUCGGAUGGAGACUCGGAUAUUCGAGAGAUUCGGAAACGGUUGAAUGGUUUGGGACAAAAGUCAAGAGAUUUGGACGCAUGCGCAGAUCGUUUCCUUGGCUUUCGAAGCGCUGUUUCAGCAAACGAUUGGGAAUCGCAGGAAUUGGAUGACUUUUGUCGUGAACAAGUUUCAAGAAAGGGGGAACAUGAAAGACAAAAAGAAAGACACGAGCAAGCCUCGAGACAGCGUCGAGUGGAUGAAACGAGUCACCAAGCAGCCGCUAAUGACAGGGAAACCUGGAAAAAUCAAAAAUCGAUUCCCGAGCAAAAACCAGCACGGAUCAAUGAGGAAAUGAAAAAUAUAAAAUCUAUCAAAAUCCCCGAUGAAGCUCCCGUGAAAGUAGAAGUUCCUAAAUCUCCACCAAAGGAGAAGCCCUCUUUUGAGGAAAGACUUCGACAACGGGAAUUGCAAAGGGAGAGAGCGCUGGGAAAUUUGAAUGAUCAACAACAAGGAGAAACAGUGAAAAGAGAAGAAACAGAGACUCAAGCAAACUCUCAAGAGAAUCCCCUUUUUGAGGGAGUCGAUCCGGUGAUGGCAAGGUAUAUGUCACUUGUGAUGAAUCAGAGGAAAGCUGACGGGGAAACGAAAGUUGAACAGCGUCCCUCAACGUCUGCAAAUCCCCGUCGCGAUGAGGAAAUCGUUGUGCCGAGCAAUUGGCUUUCAAGUCUCGAACUUGUCGAUGGGAAUGGCAGCAGUCUGAUUUAUGGACAACAAGAGAACGAAAGAAAGAGAGCCGUAUUGUCUCCGGCUGAUGCGAUACCGCUGAAAUUCCGAGAUUAUUGUCAAUUUCUUGAGGAUCCGAUUCACGGAGAAGAAGGUCGACUGGAAAUCGUUAAAGAGCCACGGAAAAUCCCGAAAGAUUACCCAGGAAAAUAUCGAUUGAGGGGAUUGUUGGUGUUGACAAGACAUGGAGAAAGAUCACCGCUAACGAAAAAUGAGAAACUACUCAAUUUGAUCUCCUGUGCGCCAUUUCAUGAGACGGAUCGACGAGCUUUCGAUCGCUACGUAAAGUUAAUUGAAUCGAACGAAUUUCGGAACUUCUACAAAGAGGAUUCAGCUUUAAAGGAGGGAUUCUCGAACUUGCCUCAUCGCUCAAUAUGUGUGCGUGGACAAAUGACCGCUGAGGGAGCAAUGCAGCAUCAUCGAUUGGGGAAUUUCUUCCACGAGCGAUACUGGAACUCGUCUCUGUUGAUGAAUGAUCAACUUGAGGUGUUCACAAUGACAACUCCAUACAAUAGGACAUGGCAAUCGCUUACGGCUUUCGUUUCCGGAUUUCUUUACCCACUCAGAACGAUCACUGGAAAUGUUUAUGCUAAUUUCUCGAGCACCACUUAUUUAUGCUCGGAGCACGAGGAGUGGUGCAAAUGUGAGAAAGCGUUUGAGUGGAGGAGACAAUAUGAAAGGGAACACGUGAAGUACUACCAAGAAGAAACGGCCGCUCUUCUCCGUGAUGAGUGUAAAAUCUUUGAACAAAUCGCCACAACCGAGACUUUCGCUGAUCCUUUUGAUUUUGAAGACAAAAUAUUCGGUUUCUAUUCGUGUCGCCGUCAGCAAUUGCCAUGCACUGUGAAAGGGGAAUGUAUUACGUAUGAGCUUUUGGAAAAGAUAUUUGCUGAGACCACAUUACGUGGGGAAACGAUGUUCAAUCGAGAGACUGACUUCAUUGCAAAGCGACUUCAAAUGGCCGAAGCGUACAGUGUGAUUGGUAAAGUCGCCAAAAUGGUGCCGAUCUUGCAAGAGAAUCCAAAGAAGAACAAGAUUAUGCUCUUAUCGGGUCACGAUACAACGGUUGGCCCGCUAUUGCGAGUGCUGAGGAUUUUGCCGGAAGAUCCACCGAGAUACGCGAGUCGAGUCGUUUUUGAGUAUUAUUCAAACGAGCAGCAGCAAAUCUUCAUCCGAUUACUCUUCAAUGGGAAAGAUCUAACGCCAAAGCUUUCAUUUUGUCCCGAAUUCGUCGACGGUCUCUUUUCUCCUAUGCAAAGCUCGGUGAACGGUAGCGAAGUGAAGAAAGAACAAAGGAAAUAUGAGAAUGGACAUUCGAAUGAAGCUGGCCCAAGUCAUGUUGAUGAUCCGAUGACCUGGACUUGCUCAAGUUUAUUAGAUGAAGAAGACUAUGAAGAUGCAAAUGAGUCGAACAAAAUCCAAGAAAACCCUGAAAGUAAUCCGACAAAUGGAGAUGGAUGGAUUGAGAGCGCUAGGAAAGCUGGUCGUCAAAUGUGGAAUAAACUGAAAACAGAAAGAAACACAAGUCGAGGGAAAAUGAGAAGAAAAAGGAAACGUUUAAGCAUCGUUUGUGGACUGCUUGGAACAACA